AUGGGCUCACAGAAUCUCGCCAACCUCGCUCUCGAUGGCGGUGAUCCUCGGGAGCCCAAGAACCCAGCAUUGUUCGCGCUCGAUCACGGACACGAAGUUGACCAUGGCGAAGGCUUCACCAUUGAGGCAGCUCUCGUUCACAAUGACCCGUCCAUCCUGUUUGAGGAGUACCUUCAUUAUGCUGCCAUCACUCGAGCGGAGGAGAAAGAAUACGAGAAGACCAUUGAGAAGAAGCCUUUCACACUCUUGGGUGCCAUCAAGAGUCGCUUCUCGAAGGGACAUGUGCACAACGAUCAGGGGAGCGAUCACGAGAAGUCGAACUCUCAGCAGCUCACUGCAACGACUGUGACCGCUGCAGAUUGGAGACGCGCGUCCAGAGCAACGAGAACCGCGAGCUGGAGCUCAAUCUUCUUCCUAAUUACUACGGAUAUUCUUGGCCCCACAGGUGCGCCGUGGGCUUUUGCAAAUACCGGCUACGGUCCUGGUGUCGCUUUGUACACUGUGUUUGGAGGAUGUGCUGCUGCAUCUGGCUGGUAUGUGUAUCUUGUGUUCUUGGGCCUGGACUCCGACAGAUACCCGAUUCGCGAUUUUGGUCAAGCCUUCUUCAGGGUCUUCGGCUCUAAGAUGAGACAUCUCGUCAACAUUCUUCAAAGCUUCCAGAUGUUCCUGCUAGUCGCAGUUCUGAUUCUCAACAACGGUGGAUCCAUCUCCCAGAUAUCAAUUGGCGACAACGCAAGAAACGGUAACGGACUGUGCUUCAUUGUCUGCCUUCUCAUUCUCACAAUCAUUGGAUGCGUUCUUGGCCAGAUUCGUACCUUGCAGAGAUUUGGAUGGCUUGCCAACAUUUCUGUGUGGACGACUGUCAUUUGCUCCUUCUUGGCCAUCGGCGCUUCUGCUGUCUCGCCACCGAAUUACGCAACUAUGUUCAGUUCCUUUGGAGGAGCUACAUCAGUUUACGGCAACACAAACUUUCCAAAGAACACUGUUGAGAGCCACAUACCUAUCCGCACGUUUGGAGGGACUCCACCGCACGGCUUCGCCUCGGGCGGUACUGGUUUCUUAGGUAGUUUCCAGGGCAUCGAUCAGAUUGUCUAUGCCUAUGGCGGUGCCAUGCUGUUCUUCAACCUUCUUGCCGAGAUGCGAAACCCUUGGGACUUCUGGAAAGGUAUGCUUUGUGCAGACGUCUUCAUCUACCUGGCCUAUAUGUUCUUUGGCAUCUUCCAAUACUCGUAUCAGGGCCAGUACACAUACAACACCGCAAUCCAAAGUGUCAGCGCGUAUGGAUAUCAGACUGCUGGUAACAUCUUAUCUAUCAUUGGCGGCAUGAUCGCUGCUGCGCUCUACGGAAACAUCGGCAUCAAAGUAAUCUACAGCAAUGUGUUCAUGGAGCUUUUCCACUUCCCACCACUCACCGCCAAGGCUGGCAAGAUGAUCUGGGUAGUCAUGGUCCCUGUCUACUGGGCUCUUGCGUUCGUAGUCGCUGGUGCCGUCCCAGAGCUCGGCGAUUUCAGCAGUCUGGUCGGCGCGUUCUGCAUCGGUAAUUUCACCUACACAUUCCCAGCGCUUCUCAUGAUCGGCUUCCAGGUCAAGAAAGGCGCAAUGCUUCCUGACGAAGGAUUCGAUGAAGCCACUGGGAAGUACGUGCGUCAUGACAGUGGUGUCAAGAGAUGGAUGCGAGGCUAUCGUAACACUUUCUGGUUCACAUCUGCGAACAUCAUCUACUUCCUGGGUGCAUUGGUGGUUUGUGGUUUGGGCUGUUAUGCUGCGAUUGAGGCCUUGAUCACGGCUUUCAGUGGUGGGAGUGUUGCAACAUCUUUCAGCUGCAAAUCGCCGUAUGCUGCAUAA